AAUUGUGUGUGAAUUAUAUAAUAAUUGUGUUUGAAAAUCAGAUCAUUAUUGUGAAACAAAUGUGCUUACUGGAUUAAAAUUCUUUUAAAUUGGAAUUAAAUUAUUUAUAAUAACUUUUGUUACAAAAUGAACAAAAUGGCAUGGAAAGCAAAACAUGGCUCAAACCCAGAUCUCCUGACAGAAGUUACGUAUGGCGAAGUAGGAAUAAUGGAGAAAAGUACGGGUAGAAUGUCGCCAGUACGAGGGCGGACCAUGAGGGAAUAUGAACAGCAAAUGGGGGAGCUGAGAAAGGAGAACUUUGAUCUAAAGUUAAGGAUCUACUAUAUGGAGGAAAAAAUAAACUCAAAAUUUACAUCGGAAGAUAUCAUCAAACAAAACAUAGAAUUAAAAGUAGAGAUGGAGAGUUACAAGAAGAAUAUACACGAGAAACAAGCAUUGCUAGAUAAAGCCUCAGAAACUAUAGAAACAUUAACAUCAAAAUACUCAGACCAGUUGGAGAGAGAGGUUAAAAAUAUCAAACAAGAGUGCGAGGAUAAAAUGGCCACAGCCAACCAGCAUGUGGGUGAGAUGGAGGAGCAUUAUAUGACUUUAUUAGAUGAUAUGAAACAUCUUGAAGAAGAGUGUAAUGAAGUAUUAAAACCAAAGUUAGAGCAAAAAGAAAAACAGUGCCAGGAGCUUAGUGUAGACCUAGAUGCUAAGGAUAGGGAGGUAAGCAAUCUCAAACAGCAGGUUAAAAGUCUUGAGACUGAAAUAGUGAGGUUACGAGAUCACGUGCAACAUCGUGACGAGGAGCAGAAAGAAGAAAUGGAGUAUCUACAAACUAAACUUGGCCGUAAAGAUAGGGACUUACAGCGUCUAUCGUUCAUGAUUAAAGAGCGAACAAGUGUCGAGGGCGUGGAGGCCCUCGAACGAGAACGUUUCAAGGAUGAAGUUGAUGAUACAAAGAGAGGUAUGGAGAAGUUACAGAAAAACCUGGAGAAGAAGAUACAAGAACUGGACAAGAAAAAUGAUAUGAUUGCUAAAUUGGAGGAUUUAUUGAGGUCAAAGGAGAAAUCGCUGCAGAACAUACAGAAACAAUUUGAUGAACAGACAGUAAAAUAUAAACGUAGUAAGGAAAUCAUUGCAGAAUUCAGCAAAGGUUCCCAUGUUAAAGAUGCUGAGGAUGCUGAGAAGAUUCGUGAUUUAGAAGAGCAACUAGAGGUAAUCUUCUUGUAUAUUUUCCUUACUGUACAUAGAUAG